UCAAAGAGCCCGCGGCUUCACUUUUCAGGACGUAUGAGACACACCCGUUCUAGAACAGUCUGCUUUGUGCUCUCGCUGUACUUUGACGUCAUACGCCGUUCAAGUCUGCGCAGCGCUGUAUGCAUAUUAUGUAUAUUCAAUCUAUCCGUCGUAUCUGUGUCCUUGUCGACGUCACACGAAACCCACGUCGUAAUCGACCUCUUUCCAAAGUCUGGAAAAAGCAGUUUACAUUAACAACUUCGAGAUAAAAUUCGACUAUCCGACUAUCACGUGGGUUUGUUGUGUGUGACCGAAGCGCCAUUUGGAAGGCAUCGUAAGUUCACUGACUACGCAAUAGAUGAGACUAACUGUUACUCGCGAAAAGAAGUCGAAUUUGUUCGUCCAGCUUCGUACUUAAACUCGUAAACUCUUUUUUUUUAUUUUUUUUUUUUUUUUUUAUGGUAUGUACAUGUGAACAAUUAACAAAACUAUAAAUCUGCUGAAACCUAUAAAUAUUUCACCAAUGACUGGGUACAGGAUUUAUUUACAUUUUUACCAAACUGUAAUUUUCUGUACGUUUUUCUCUGAAGCAUGCUGUUUUCCAAGGUGAACAGACUACAGUGUUAUUUGCUGUACUUGCUUAAAUAUCAGUUUAUAAAAUGUACUGACAUUGACUUAAAGUACUCAUUUGAUAAUAUAUUUUGUCUGUCUGUAUCAAUGCACACUAUUUUAGUUAGCACUUUUGUAAUUAGUUGUCACCAAAUGACUACUAUGUCUUAAGCAGUAAACCUUAACCCAUUUUGGUUUCCAUAGUGAAUGUAAGACAAUAAAGAACAUCACAUUUAUUAAAAGUGGCAUAAUACAUUAUUAUUUCUGCAUCAAAUAAAAGGUAUAAUGAAAUCGAAAUAAUAAAAUGUAUAAAAUAAAUAUAUAAAUUGGAACAAGAUCAUUAUCAUGUUUGACAUUAGUUAAAAAUGCUGAAGAAUAUUACCAUUUUAAGUGCAAUACAUUAAUGUCAAUCGGACAGACAGAUGCCUCCCUGGUUUUCAUCAAACACAUUAUUAAAUAUUUUUGAAGACAAUCGGAUCACUUGGUGUUUUAGAACGACACAGAUUGCUGAGGAAUUCUUCAGAAUCACGAAUAAAGACCUUCUUGAUGUCUUCAGGGCAGCUAUGGACAGAUUUACACCUAAGCUCUUGAAAUUAUACAGAGCUAAAAAAGCUGCAUUUGGAGAGGACAUGGAACAGCUCCUAGAAAGACUUGAUGAAAGGGUGACCGAUGUUGUUAAUCACAGAAGGACUACUGCUUUGAAAGGCCUGCCUUUGUUUCUUCGAGAGGACCCAAACAAGCUGUUCAAGAAAUGCAAAGACACCGAAGAUGGGGCAAAAGGAGUGUCUAUUGCCAUUCUGUGUGUUUUGGAAGAUGACACCCAGGCGACAUCACCCGAGGUUGUGAACAUUGCUGUUGUGUUGGAGCAGGUCGUCGUUUUGAAAGAUCUCCCAGAUAUUUCUACUGCUCUUGCAUACCUUUUUGGCCUUCUGUAUGCAUUAAACAUGUCCUAUCCUCAAGCUCUUAAGUACACUUUUGACACCAUUCAGAAUGUUUUCAUGGAGCUGGGAUCUGGAUGCACCAAACGUGUACUUUCUCUGAAGAACAAACUGUUGUAAAGAAAAUCAGAACAGUGUUUUUGGGAUCAUUUUUGGCGUUCAUUUGUUACAAGACCUAAAGUGCGCUUGGAUACAAGGUCUGGGGAUUCUUUUAGUUGGCAUCUCUAUUUCUUGUUACAGAUGUCAAACUGUUCCAAAUGCACCAAAUGUGUGCUUUCUCUGAACAAACUGUUGUAAAGAAAAUCAGAACAGUGUUUUGGGAUCAUUUUUGGCGUUCAUUUGUUACAAGACCUAAAGUGCAGCUUGGAUACAAGGUGAUUCUUUUAGUUGGCAUCUCUUUUUCUUGUCAUCAGAUGUCAGACUGUUCUUAAAGUGUACAGUACAGCAUACCAUACCAGGUUAGUGGUUGCAGUAAGCAUGUCUGUUCUUAUAAAUGGUUGUUUAAAAUUGAGGGAUAGUUCAUCCAAAAAUGAAAAUUGUCACAUUUUGUCACUCUUAUUUUGUUACAAACCUGUAUAAAUGUCUUUGUUCCGAGGAACAUGAAGAAAGAUGCUUUGGGGAAUGUUUGUAACCAAACCGUUCAUGAGCCCCAUUCACUUUUAUAGUAGGAAAAAAGAAUACUAUAGAAACGAAUGGGGCUCGUGAUCUGUUUGGUUACAAACAUUCCUCAAAAUAUCUUAUGUUCAUCAGAACAAAUACAUUUAUACAGGUUUGUAACAACAUGGGAGUAAGAAAAUGACACGAUUUUCAUUUUUGGGUGAACUAUCCUUUUAAAUAAAACUGUAAAAAAGUGUUUUAAAUGUUGGUUUAAAUGUGGUAAUUUGAAAAGGUUUAGAUUACGGAACAUGUCAAGAUAUUAAAAACAUUUUAUUGUUGGAUACAAAGAAAAAUCCUAAAUUGAUACCAACAAGUUUUAUGCUGUUUUUGUGUACAGUUAAGUGAUUUAAUGAGAAAUUGUAUUGCACUGAUUUUUGUUGGUGUUAAAAAUUGUCUGUAUGCUUAGUGUAUGCAAAAUUUAAGUUCCUACUGAAGAUGGAAUCUGGACUUUUUCUUUAAAGUGCAGCUGUUGUGUCACAACUUUAAAAAAAAAAGUUAAAUAGUGAACCGAGUUUGUGCUUGUGUAGCAUCUUAUUUCUAAUUGAAAUAAAUGAUAAAGUAAA